UUUUUUAAACAUUGUCAGUUAACCGCCUCUUUACAUUCCUUCACACUCAUCAAAUGAACUCGUCAAUUAGAGAAGCAGCUGCAGGAAUGUUUAAGAAAUUGCAAGAAAUGACACACUCGCUGGGCUUACCCAGCCUCGAAUUUAGGGAUAGUUUCGGGGACAUGGAGCAGAUGGAAAUCCGACCUCCUACCACUUUCGAUUACAAAGUCCCUAAUCGCGAAUAUCGCACGCAUUUAAUGCGGCUCCUAGUUAACAAGGGUUUAAGUUUCUUUCUGGAAGUGUUGGGUCAAACAGUGACCUCCGGCAAUUUCCUGCCCGAGAAAUCGGCCGAUCCGCAUCUCAUCGAGGACGUCUUAAGCUCGUUGAAUGGCGGCGUUGCGGUUUGCCAAGGACGCGGGAACGUUCGUCUGGAUUUGACGGAGCCAUCGCGACGCAAAGAAGCCGUCCGUCAAGGUUUGAUAGAGGACAACAUGAUCACCUACCCCGACUUUCGUUACCGAUCAUACGAUUGCGAAUAUUUGGUGGAUACGGCGAACGGUGCCACACAAUGUCCUCCUUGCGCCCAGCCGAACGAUUCUUCCCAGAACGAAAUCAUUCCCAACAUGUUGAAUUUAUCCGAUUUAAAACUAGAUAACAAUCAGAGUUCGAAAAAUGGCCAAAUAGACGAUGAACUGGAGCCGACCGUUAUAGAACAUCAUCAUCACCAUCAUCAUCAUUAUUACAGAGAUGGAUCAUCGCCCAUCUCCUUUUUAUAUCAGGAUCCUAACGCACCUGCGCCGUUGUCCCUCACGUUCGAAUGAUUCGUUUUUCUUUUUGCUUCUUCGUUUCAGCAAACCGGAAUGACUUGAUUCUAUUUUUAUACGUUUUUUUAAAUUUUUCUUUACCUCUGUUUUUCUAUUUUUAAACCAAAAAUGAUUGUACUUUCCUGUAAGCU